UCUAUAAGCCUAACAACGUCAACGCCAUACUUUUUUAGACGUGGAAAAAGCGUUGGUUUGUACUGAGGACGACGAAAUUAGCAAUGUAUAAAGAUGACAAGGAAUAUAAAUUACUGAGAAUAAUUGAUUUACAUGAAAUACACAAAGUUGUUCAAGUUACAACAAAACACAAGUAUAAGUUUGUUUUUGCCUUUGUUACUGCGAAGAGACUGUACUAUGUACAAGCAAACAGUCAGAUUGAUAUGGAUGACUGGUUCAAACAGGUUAACCAAGCCAAGCAUGAUUUGCAUUUAUAUGAGACAGACGUGGAUCCUGCUACAGUUGACCGUGAUCAAGAAUUUGCUAAGGACGUGAUCACAUCAUACAAAUCAAACCAUAUUUUACAGAGUCAAAGACGUAAAUCUAGUGGAACGUAUGAUAAUUUCCUGUCAAGGCCAUCAGGAGCAGGAGUAACAGCAGCAGCAUUGGCUUCUCAUUCAAACACACCUCAGUUUUUCAAUAGCAAUGAAAUUACUCCAACAAUGAAAGCGAUAGAUGUCCCCAAAAAUCGUAAAAAUAGUGCUUCUAAAGGCUUGAGUGAGUAUGCUAUAGAUCGCAAUUACCCCUUGUCACCCUCUUCCGAUCAUCAACAUCAAUUAACAACAAUCGAUGGCAUUGCAAGCUCUGAGGACGAUGAGGAAUUUAGUGCUGACAAAGCUAAUAUCAGGCUUGAAGAGGAUAGGAACAGGGUUUUAAUUGAAGGCUAUUUGUUAAAAUUAGGGCGUAAUAAGGGUUGGAGAAAACGUUGGUUUGUGUUACGCACAGACACGUUAGCAUACUAUGAAGAUGAUAAAGAAUACUCGCCUCACAGAAUCAUUCCUUUACAGCACAUUAUUGAUUCUUUAGAAAUUGAUCCUGUCAGUAAACAUAAGCUUUUUUGUUUCAAAAUAAUCAUUCCCAAACGAAGCUACGUUUUAUGCGCUCCGGCGGAAGAAGAUAUGGACGCUUGGUUGAACGCUUUAGUUGUAGCCGUUCGACGUGCUAAAAAAGAGUGUGAAAGUGGCCAUAUUGAUAGCAGCUAUGCGAAUCCAACUGCUGUUUCGCCAACCGCUUCACAAGCACAAACCUUACAGCAGCAGCAGGAACAACAUCAUUAUCCGCCACGCCCUUUGUCCUUGAUACCGGAGCAUAAGCCUUAUGAAUCUCAACAACAUUUGAACUCACAUUCCUCAGCGGAUUCCUUUGAGAACAUGAGUCAUUUGUCUGGGGUCAGUGGCGCUGGUGGUGUAGGCGGCGCUGGUGGAGCUUUAGGCGGCAUGCCGACUUCUACUCCACUGACUCAUCUACAUUCUAGAGCGUCAGAGAGACUUGGUCGUGCAAAUUAACAUACAGUUUACAAUUCGACAAUCUGACAAACCUAAUACUGAACCACAAACCGUUAUUUAUUCUAUUCUCAAUUAAUAUUAGCUUAUACCACCUUAUAAUACUUACAUACCUCCGUCAACCUGAAAUAAGUCUAACAUGCACUUAACAUGCACUUUAAAAUUCGCAGAAUAUUCUUUGCAGUAAUCAGUUACUUCUCUCAUGUUUUAUAUGUUUCCGGUUCCUCUGUUAUCAUCAUAGUAACAGUAACACUGGAUCGAUCUUUUUUAAGGAGGCAAUUCUUAACCAUUCAUGAGUUCACAUUACAUCUUUGUGUAAGGCUAUUCAUGC